CCCACGAAGCGAUGGCGGAAAAACGCAAGGGCAAGGCCGCGGCUGCGCCUGCGCCUCCACCUCCGCCUCCGCCUCCACCUCCAGCCGCAGUGGCCAAACCCCCGGAAAAGAAGGAGGGUGAGGGCCAGGCUGAUGAAGAUAAAGAAAAGGAACCAAAAAAGAAGUCAGUGCAGCCCAAGCAUGAAGUAGGCACAAGGAAGGGAUGUCGUCGCUACUGGUGGGAGUUCAAGGACAGCAAUAAAGAGUUCUGGGUCAUGGGGCACGCCGAGGUCAAGAUUCUGAGUUUGGGCUGCCUGAUAGCGUCGCUGGUAGUGUUGUCUUCAAUGCCGGUCCACCCCAUCUUGCCGCUCUUAAUCACCAUGGAAAUAUCCAUCUUCAGCUUCUUCAUGAUCGUCUACACCUUUGCCAUCAAUAGAUACAUGCCCUUCAUCCUGUGGCCUAUUGCUGACCUCCUCAACGACCUGAUCGCCUUUGCCUUCCUCGUGGGAGCCGUGGUCUUCGCCGUGAGAAUCCGGUCAUCCCUGCCCACGGUCUACUUGAUUGGUCUGGAAAGGAAAAGCCACCUGACCAGGCUCAGGGACCAGAAGCAGACAAGGGCAAGGCAGCGCCACCAGCAGCAGCACCAGCCCCGGCAGCAGCACCAGCCAAAGGAAAGGGGAAGUGACUUGGAGAAGGCUCUCCUCGUCAGAAAUGGCAGCGUGUUUUACAGCAAACCGCUAUCUCCCCGUCUCCUUUCCAGAAUGGUUUUCUUUUUCCAUUUUAAUAACCAUCUGUGCUUGGAAAAGAAAUGUCUCUGUAAAUCGAUUUUAAAGGUGAAAGUUGCUGUAAACAUUAUUUUGUUCAUUCAACAAAAGUUACCGAAAGUCACGGUGCAGAGGGCAGUAGGGCCCGGGAGCAGGGCUGUCUGGAGGCCUGAGGGAACAGAGGUGUGGGUGACACUGGCUGCCAACACUGACCAGCCAGAGUGGCCCGGGAGACAUGAGAACCUGGAAGGCAAAAGGAUGCAUUUUUGUUCACAUUAG